CGUGAGGCGAUUCCGGCGACUCGUGAGGCGAUUCCGGCGGUUGUUGAAGCGAGUUGAACAGUCACGGGCGGCGUUGUCUGUACUUUCCGAUCGAGUCGACAGAGAUGGUGGAGGCGAGGCGAGGAGGAGUUGUGGGUGGAAAAGCCAGAUUUCGUGUAUAUAUUGGAGUAGGCGAGAGUUAACGAAGAUCAAUCAUCCUUCUUUGUUACUUUGUCGAGCACAGUGUUGAAGACAAUUCGUGGGGGUAUCUAAACGACGGGGACAUUAUCGGAGGUUUGUGGAAUAAAAACCGGCGUCGUUGAAGAAAAAUAAGGAAAUGGCAUCAUCAAGUGGUAAAAAGAAGCGAAGGUACCCUCCUUUACUGUAUCCGCCUGGAAAAUCUCCUCUUUUAAAGAGGAGCGUCCACCAUAACUGCACUUUGGCCAGUUUUGGAUACAUGAAAGACUGCAUUGGUGAAGAUGUUUACAUAGACAUCUGGGAUCAUACACAAGUAGGAGUUUUAUUGAGUCUUGCUGAUUCUGACUAUGUGUGGUGGGCUAAGCUUGUGCAUUACAUCCUCACACGACAGUUGGCUAUAGAGAGGAGGUAUGAGAUUUGGUCAUUGAUUGAAGGCUGUCUAAUCAGGUUCUCUCUAAAUGAGUAUGAAGACAUUUCUGGUCUCAACUGUCAGCCUAUAGUUGAGGAUGAUAUUGUGGAAGUAGAUCACAGAGAAUUUUGGGCAGAGUUAAAGGUGGAUAGUGGUGUAGGGCCUAACUGGACUGAGUUGGAUGAAGCCUUGAAGAAUUGCAGAACAUGGAGUCCUCAGAAGAGAAAGAUGUUGGGACUUUUGUUUGUUGUUCAUGUUGGCAUAUUGGGACUACCAAGGGGCAGUAGGAUUCCAUUGGAGUAUGCAAAAAGAGUGUUAGAUUUUGCAGCAUUUGAUAGAUUUCCUUGGGGCCGGGUUGGAUUUAAGGAGCUAAUCCAGUCCAUUAAAGUGUUGUCCGUUAAGAAAGAGAGUUGUGCAAUCCACGGAUGUGUUCAUGUUCUGAUGAUAUGGGCAUAUGAGUGUUUGAAAAAUCUAGGGAAAACCUAUGGGAAUAAGAAGAAGUUGGAUGAAGACUUGGCCAAUGCUGAUGAUCUGCCUCCACUACUUAUGUGGAGUGGAAAACGUCCAAGAAUUGACAUUGCAGAAUUCUUUGCCGCAGAGAAACUUGUUAACAAUAAGAUUGUUGCUGAACAUUUCUCUUGGCGAGAAGAAGAAGAUAUAUUCCCUUUUUGGCCCGAUGAGGUAGGUGUCUAUGGGGAAUCCUCUGGCUCUAACAAACUCCUCGACAAUCUGCUGCAUGACAUCUUCCUGGGAUGCGUUGAUGAGAGAGAAUGGGAUGUUCCAUCUACUCAUGAUGAUGGAGGAAAGAAGAAGAUGGAGAAGAGGAAGCAGAUCAUAGAUUCUGAUGAUGUUAGAGUAGAGAAGAAGAUGGGGAAGAGGAAGCAGGUCAUGGAUUCUGAAGAUGAAGUUGAUCCUCCUCCACAAAAGAAGCAGAGUUUUAGACGAUCUAAAGGGCCAGUUAAGUUGGUAGAACCUAGUGACGAAAGUGGAGAGGAGAGCUCGGGUUCUGAGAGGGCAGAGAAAGGAUCACUUGAAGGAUUAAUGAAGUUGCUUGGAAGUUUGACAGGGAAGGUUGAUUCAAUGCAUGCUAACUUGGGAGGGCAGAUGGAAAAGAUUGGGAACCAAGUUAAUGCGAUUGAGAAUAAAGUGACAGUCCUUGAGAGUGAUGUGUGCGAGUUGAAGAAAGAUAAAGUAGAGGUAGGUGAUAAGAAAGGGAAGGGUGUCAAGAUUGAUACGGAAGUGAAGAUAGGGGGUGGUGCGAAUGAUGAGGAGUCCAAAACUGGAGAUGAUGUUGGUUCUGGUCCCAACGCUGAGAAAAAUGCUUAGUUGGUUGGUUGCUUGGUGGGGAUAUCUUUUGAAGCUAACUUUAUCUCCCUGUAUUUUCUGCUUGUUCAUUUUGUUCAAAACAUUAGACUGGUUUUAAAUUGUAAAAUAUGAAGUUUGUGUGUGUUUUAUUGAAGACUUAACUCUGUUAUGUAUUAACUUUUUCCAUAUGUAAGUUCUAUAUUUCGUAA